ACUGGGGAGCAGGCUGGGCGGGCCGCGGUGAGGGGAAGAGCUGGGAGAAGCCGUCGUGGACGCGAGAGGGGGGCCAGAGGCGCUGGACGUGAGGAGAGGUGGCCAUGGUGGAGGUGCAGCUGGAUGCUGACCACGACUACCCACCAGGGCUGCUCAUCGCCUUCAGUGCCUGCACCACAGUGCUGGUGGCCGUGCACUUGUUCGCACUCAUGAUCAGCACCUGCAUCCUGCCCAACAUUGAGGCCGUGAGCAACGUGCACAACCUCAAUUCCGUCAAGGAGUCACCCCACGAGCGCAUGCAUCGCCACAUCGAGCUAGCCUGGGCCUUCUCCACUGUCAUUGGCACGCUGCUGUUCCUGGCUGAGGUGGUGCUGCUCUGCUGGGUCAAGUUCUUGCCCCUUAAGAAACAGCCAGGCCAGCCGCGCCCCACCAGUAAACCUUCACCCAGCGGUGUGGCCACCAAUGUCAGCAGUGGCAUCACACCAGGUCAGGCAGCGGCCAUCGCCUCUACCACCAUCAUGGUCCCCUUCGGCCUGGUCUUUAUCGUCUUUGCUGUCCAUUUCUACCGCUCCCUGGUCAGCCAUAAGACGGACCGACAGUUCCAGGAGCUCAACGAGCUGGCUGAGUUUGCUCGCUUACAGGACCAGCUGGACCACAGAGGGGACCACCCCCUGACACCUGGCAGCCACUAUGCCUAAGCCCUCCUGCUGGGCCCUUCAGAGCUUUGGCCUUAUGCCCUUCCCCAUGACCUUGUCCUGCCCCAGCUUUGAGGACAGCCUGCAGGAGGCCGGGCUUGGUCAGGGCACAGAGUAGAGGGAAGGGGCUUUUUAAACAAGAAAUUACUGCACUUUGAGACUUUCCUCUAAGAGAGUAAGCACUUCCUGUUCUUCCAGCUCCGGGGCCACCUCCUGGUAGGAGGCAGUGGGGGCCAGAGUGGGGACAGAUGUUCUCUUUGUCCCUAUUCCAUCACUGUGCCAGUGCUACCCAGAUGCUUCCUGUCCUCUCCGUCUCAUCCUCCCUCCCCGUUGAGUGUUGAGUGUGUGCAUGUGUGUUAGCACAUAAAUAUACUCAUAAGGGACACCUCU